AUGUCUGAGAAUUACGAAAGAAAAAUAGUCGUUGUUGGGAAAACCGGAAAUGGCAAGAGUUCUCUAGGCAACGUUUUACUUAGAAGGUGCGCGUUUUAUGAAGCACAUAGCUUUAAUGCUAUCACUAAAGAAUGUGAAGUUGAUAGAGAUGAGGGAAAUUUAUCUGUUAUUGACACGCCUGGUCUUUUUGAUAGCGACGGAGACAGAAGUUUGGCACAGCAAGCUUUGGAGGUCCAAAGGGCUAUAAAACUUUGCCCCAAUCCCCAUGCUUUUCUUAUUGUGCUAAAUGGAUCCACCAGGUUAACGCAAGAAGAGUUGUCAACCAUUGAUGUCCUUCACGUUAUUUUCGGUGAACAGUGUCUGAAAAGGGCUAUCAUAGUUUUAACACAUAUUGGAAAUAAUGUAGAAGAAACCCAGCUGAAAGGAAUGCUCACAACAAGUAGCGCAAUGAGCAACUUAAUCAGGCAGUGCGGAAACAGGUUUGCUAGAAUAGACAAUAGAGAACCAAAACCUGAGCAUAUAGAACGUAUCAACAGACUUGUCGAUCAAGUAUCUCGGGCAGGAAGAAACAGCUUCAAGAAUGGAUAUCUCCACUUACACAAGCAGGUGUUACAGGAAGCACUUGAGAACCAUGAUAGUGGACCAGUUCACAUACAAAUCAAACUAUGGUCUGAGCAAAUCACGGAGGCUGUGGAAGAAGAAAAGAAGUUUAAUAGAAAAUGCUGGAAGGCAGCAGGCAUGGGUGCGGUUUGUGUUGUUGCAGGGAUAACUCAUCUUGGUGGAGGCUCUAGGACAGUUGCAACAGCAGCUACAAAUCUUGAAACAGCUCAAGUGGUAAUCGAAAAAUCUGUAAAUGUUGCAACAGGGGUGAUAAGUUAUAUAAGAUCUACUCAUUGA